GAGUCUAUUACUGUACAAACUAGUCUCCUUGUUUUCCUAUACGAAGACCAAGAUCAAAACCAGACAGUCACGAAGAUGAAAACGCUUCUUCAUUUGGUUUCUGUAAUCUACCUGGUUUCUGUGGUGCUGGGUAUCCAUGGACCUGUUGUAUACGGGCGGUUACUAUUAGUGAAGGAUAAACCCGACCCGGAAAAUGCUGCUGCCACUGCUCGUUGGCUGGUCUCCCAGAAUUCCUGGGGUGUCUUGAAUACCAUCUCAGGUGAAUUGGGAGGAGCACCAUUUGGGAAUGUGGUAUCAUUUAGUGAUGGGGAACCUGGAAAAGGAAGUGGUAUCCCUUACUUCUACUUGACAACUCUUGAUCCGACUGCAAGAAAUGCACUGAAAGACCAAAGGGCUUCUUUGACAAUUAGUGAGCAUCCUAUUGGAACCUGUGGCAAAGUUGACCCUGAAAACCCCACCUGUGCAAAGAUUACACUUACAGGAAAGUUGAAGAUUGCUAAUGAAGGGCCCAAAGAACAAGAAAUUGCUAGAAAGGCCUUGUUCUCAAAGCAUCCAGAGAUGAAAGAUUGGCCCAAGGGUCACAACUUCAAGUUCUUCAAGUUAGACAUCGAGGAUAUCUUUUUGAUUGAUUGGUUUGGGGGUCCAAAACCUCUCACAGUGGACCAAUACCUUCAAGCCAAAUUGACAGAACCUGCCUUCAUUCUGUGAUUAAUCAUCCGACUGUGGUUCCGCUUGAAUGUGCCUGGUUAUUAGUUGGAAUUCCAUUUGAAUUGUGUACAGUGAUUCUGUGUAAAUGAAAAGAGACAAUUGUAUAUAAUCAUGUAUUUCUGUAAAUUGUCACACAAAUGUGCCAUCCUAUUAUCUGAUAGAAUAACAGGAGAGAAUAAUUUAUUUGUACAAUGGAGCCCAAUUUCCUGUGUUGUAAACUGAAAAAGGUGAUACAAUGCAAGUUGAGAAGCUCUUGGUUUGUGUUUGAUUCAUACAUUCACCUGUAUGUAUUUUCAGAGA